UGAACCCAGUGGGACUGGUUUUCUUCCGAGCAAACGCGACCACGAGCGAGUGGGUAUAUGUCGUAAAUGAGACUCCAUGAAGAGUCACGGCUGUGCAUCUCUGUUUUCUGGGGAGCCACAGAGAGCCCGGCCCGGCCACCGCCUCACCCGGUUUCUCCCCUACUGGGAAGCAAACCCAUCUUGCUUGCAGUUGGCGCCUUCCAUGCCUGACACGGGCGUAGACCGCCCUUCCCCGACGAGGGGGCUCACCAAGACAAAGCGUCCUUGGAGGCAGGAGCUCCGCGCGGGGGCGGCGAGUGCGUGCAGAGGCCAGGAGAAAGCCGCCCCAGCUCUGCUCACAGCAGCCCCAGAUUCCGCGGCUUCUCUCCCUCCUACUCCGCCUCCUCCUCCUCCCCACCUGCGUCCGCCCCUCCGAAGCAACAGCCGCCGCAGGAGCAGCAGAGCCGGAUUCCUGCGCAGCGAGGCGAGCCUCGUGCUGGAGAAGCCAGCUUUCCUCUCGACGCCCUUCGGCGGCGGCUGCUGCUGACUCAGCUACCCUCAGCAGGGGUCUCCUUUGAACAAACAGAGGAAUGGAUGUGUAGAAAGAAGCUGCAUGCUUCACUGAAGUCACUGGAAAAGUCCUACAGUGACAUUUCCAACAGCUACAACCUUCAGCUCAGAAACAGAGGGAAUGGAUGAAGCCAUAGAGCUUUCACCUGAUGGAAACUCCUUGAUAAAAGCUGUCUAUCACAGUAGACUUCGUCUCACAAGAUUGCUGUUAGAAGGCGGGGCUUACAUUAAUGAAAGCAAUGACCGUGGUGAAACUCCCUUAAUGAUUGCUUGCAAGACGAAGCAUGUGGACCAUCAGAGUGUUAGCAAAGUAAAAAUGGUGAAAUAUCUUCUAGAAAAUAAGGCAGAUCCAAAUAUACAGGACAAAACUGGAAAGACAGCCUUAAUGCAUGCGUGCUUACAGAAAGCUGGUCCCGAAGUGGUUUCCUUACUGCUUAAAAGUGGAGCUGACUUAAGUCUGCAAGACCAUUCUGGUAAUUCAGUUCUUGUUUAUUCAGUGAAUUCAGAGGAUAAGGAAACUCUCAAAGUUCUUCUAGAUGCUUGCAAAGCAAAAGGGAAAGAAGUCAUCAUCAUUACAAAAGACAAAUCUCUGUCUGGAAGACAAACUACUAGGCAGUAUUUAAAUGUGCCUCCUCCUGAUAUUGAUGAAUGUCAGUCACCAAGUUCUUGUACUUCUCCAUCAGAAGUAGAAGUUAAAACAUCUCCAUCUCCAGAUGCAAACUCAAAAGAAACAGAAAAGGCCCUCUUUAAUUUUAAAGAGCAUAAUCACCUUGGGAAAAAGGAAGAUGGACCUGAACCACACUCUACUUCAAGAAAAUCUAAUUCAACAUACGCAGGACCUCAAACACAGCACCUGUAUUCCGAACCUUGGAUGAAAGCUUCCUCUUCACUCUUUGAUCAGAAUAAAAUCUCCUCUUUACAAGAAGAACUUCAGGAUAUAACUCCAGAGGAAGAAUUGUGUCUUAAAAUCAAUAGUCUAGCUUUGUCUAAGAGAUUUAUCACCAGACAUCAUAGCAUUGAUAUAAAGGAUACCAUUAAUUUCUUGAAAAGCUUUGAGCAAACUGCCUCAAGAAAAAUGUCAUAUGAUGAAAUAAAUUCUCAUUCACUCUUUGGUGAAACAAGCCACAAUCAGAGUGAAAUUCCUGUAGAUCAGAAUUCCGAUUCGCCCCAAAUGAGUUUUGUUUCAACACUGAAAAACAUCGUUCAAAGAAGAAACCUUGGAGCAAAUCACUACAGCUCUGAUUCACAGCUGACAACCAGCUUACGCCCUCCUACUGAAGACAGCAAAUUGCUUCUAGGGAAGAAAAGGCUUCUCUCCCCAUCUCCAUCAUUGUCCUCAAGUUCCAGAGAACUGAUAGAAAACAUGCCUCCCAGUUUUUUGAGCAGGAGAAAUCAUGCUGUGUUAGAGAGGCGUGGCUCAGAUCAUACAGCCCUGGCUAGAUCUGGUUUCCUUCCUCCUUUAAAUCCUCAUCCUCCAAUACCUGAUAUCUACAAGAUUUCUGCAGUGGCUUCUUGUGGACAAAAACCCCUAAUUCCAACAGCACCUUCAUACCCCAAAGACUUUAAAAGUAAGACUCUGUUAACGAGGAGGCAGUCAUUACAAACCGAACAGAUCAAGCAGCUGGUGAAUUUUUAACAUGUUUUGGACAACUGUGGCAUACAACUAACAAUCUGAUUAUUUUGGAGAAAGACAGUUGGGCAUGCAAGCAUCUUAGUGGCAAGAGUGCAGCACUUCCAAUUCUCUCUCUGUUGAACAUAUGCCUUGAAAUUCAGUUGCAAAAAAUUUUUUUCUGGUCAGUUGCAGACAAGUUAUGCUACAAAAUAUUGCUGCCUUCAUCAUAAAUUUCAUAGCAAAAACCCCCAAGAAAACUAUGGGUAUGAUUCCCAGAUUUUCUGCACCUAAUGUACAGAGAAUACAAACUAGAUUUUUCUGGUCAGAUGCUCUAGUGUUUGCAAGUAAUCAGCUCAGAGUUUUGUAAUCAGUCUACUGAUGCCUUAUCUCUUUGUGUGUGCCCAUUUUUGAACAGCUAUUACAUAACUAGAUUCUGCAUGUUGCUAUACAAAGACUGAAUAAUGGCAACUACCCAGCACAGACUUAAGCCCAUUGAUUUUAAUAGGUUUUGUCACACCUAACUCUGUAUUGUAUUGUGGUUAUUGUCUCUUCCCCCGCCCCUCUUGUUAGAAUAAUGUAACCUCUCUAGAGGUCACAAAUGCCCAAAGAAAGGAGAACAAACUGCUCAAAAAUACAGAUUGAACAACUGAAAGUGGGAAUUGAAAAACAAUACAAAAUUCAGCAACAUUUUAUUAAGAGAGCUAAAAUUUAAUCAAGUUGAUAACAGAUAGAAGAGCUGGUUUAAAUUCCACACACUAUUCCAGCUUUACAUUGGGAAUGUGGCUCUCCUAUUUUAUUUUAUUUUUAUGCUUCUGAUGUAUAUUCUUCCUUGAUUUAUAAGUGUUCCCAGGAAGGUGACUGAAAAUCAGUCAAUGCAGUUUUGCUGGAUUUAACUCAUAGAACACUCUGGGUUUCAAGUAUUGUUUGCAGUACCCAUACAGUUUUUCUCUGGACACAUUCUUGAACUCUAUAUAGAAUAUAAAUAACUUCUAUAUUCUCUCAAAUGCAGGAAGUCCUGGUGAUACAUGAGAAUCUUCUAUACACUUAAAUAGUAAUUAAUACUAUAUUGUUAUGGGCCUGGAUUCUUCCAGUAUCAGAGAGGAAGAGGAACAAGGGAGUAAGAUGGACAUAAGAGAAGUACAAGAGACAGAGUAAGCCCUGAAUUCAAAUGAUGUCUGCUACCUUUAAACCUCCCUCUCUCUCCCCCUUGAAGAACAUGUUGACUAGGCAUUCUGUUCCAAUGACAAUUGGUUGUGUGAAGCACAACUCAUGUGACUUCUCUCCAAGGAAAGAGGGGCAUAAAAGAAUAACUGCAUGGCAGUUAUUGAUGAUGAUGGCAGCUUCCAUCAACAUAGUAACUAGGUUAGAGGCAAAUCAGAAGGUGGUGGUGGGGAGAAAGAUGGGAGAGAGAAAGCAUGCAUCAAGGGAUGCAUGGCAGGAUCUGGGGGACUCUGAAAUUUACCCAUCAAAACAUUGGCUCUAGACCUCAUAGCUAUUAUACUUAAAGUGAAAUAGUAUAGGUAUCACUUAAAGUGAAAGUGAUAGGUAUCCUGUAUUGUCCUUUUGACCACAAUUUCCAGGACCUCACUCCAGUUCUAGCCCUAGUAUAGCCUGUGACUGUGGAUGAGGAUGUGCAUCAAAAGAGAAAUACAGCCAGUUCCAUGAGCCAGGAUGAACAUCAGAAGAUAUACAUCUGCAUCCACAAUGCCCAGGUAUGCAGAAGGCUGCUUUCCCACAUAGAUAUCAUCUUUACUGGAUUUGGGCUGAUGCUUUUAUGAUUAUCCCACAUCUUUCAAGCCCUAUGGAUAUUUGCUAUGAAAAAUGCCUUUGUUAUUUAUUGUGUUUCAUAGUCCUCCUGAUACUGUACAUGGCAGCACUUAUUUCUUGUACUGGAACAGCCACUGUGAAUAAAUUUGUUUUCUCUUCUCUCAGUGAUAACUGGCAUUUCGUGGUUUCCUGAAAAUGUCUGAUGCUUAGAAUCUCACUAAUUUCUGAUCUAAACCUAACAGUUACCAAUUUUACUAACAGGUUUUUCUGACUGAAAAGAGUAAUACUUCAAUUUCAAACUACUUCAGUACUAUUAGUUCUGUAGACUCAAGUAUGGAAAGAUUGCAGAUCUAUAUUAAACAACUGUUUUAUAGUGAAUAAUAUGCAGUUCUACUAUUUUUCUACAUUAUACUUUACAACCAGAUUCUCCUCCGUAUCCACACAAGUCUCCUAUUUAGUCUGUUUCCUCCCAUCUUCUUCAAAGCCUGUCCUCUGCCCAGUCAUGUUCUUGCCUCUCAGCUCCUCACUGUGUUUUCUUACCUGCAGGUGUUGAGCACUGUGAAAAUUGUCUUUUAAGAGGAUUCAGGUUUCUCUCUGUUCCUGUAUUUGCCUUUUCAUAAAUUACAAGUAAGAGCAAUUCACCAUCAAAGGUCUACUGUUUUCACUCUAAUGGGAAGGGAGGCACUAAGAAUUUAGGGUUUAGCAACAGUUUUAUUUAUAUAUAUAUAUAGAGAGAGAGAGAGAGUCCCUUUACAGGGACUUUUGUCAACAUUUUAUUGCUCCGCUAUUAGUUGAUUAUCCAGGGCAUACAGACAUAUUUUGUUAAUUACUUGCUUUCUGAUCAGAAGAAGGAGAUAACGACUAAUGUCGCAAAGUUCUGUGUGGUGGCUAGGAAAGUUAGGCAUCAGAUAAUAGACCAGCUCGUGUAACUUGUUUAUUUGUUAUGCUGAGACAUUAUACCAAACUACUGUAAGCACUGUUGAUUCUUAUUUGUACAUAUGUUUUGAAUUCUGGUCUUUGACCAUAAAUAAACUUGACUUGACUAUA